AUGGCGCCACUGGUCAUUCGACAGAGCCACUCCUUGGUUCCUGGUAUCCCACGUCUCCCAGCACGACCUCCAAACACACCAGUCAAAGUCCAUAAGGAGAUUGACCCGAUGGUAUUCUUUGAGCUAUUCAUCGGAACUGUUGGAAUAUUCAUAAUGGCAGUCUUAUUUUGGAAGCUUGGGGGAUUCAUCAGACGAUUCAAUAGAAAGAAGGUGCUGAGAGCAGGCAAAAAUACGGACACCCGAUACGCACGCACAUGGUAUGGCUGGGUCAAGCGGCCGACACAUGAGAGAAAUAAAAGGGUAAUUUAUGGCUUCUUCGUUCGAAUUUGGAACUCAGUGACGUGGAAAUCGACUCGAGACGACUAUAGUUGGAUUUGGUGGGAUCCUGGCGACGUGAAAAGGCAAAAGCACCGUCAAGACCUGAGAGGAUUUCGUUGGCUACCAGAUUGGCUCAAGAGCUAUGAUGAUUUUCCCACUGCCGAUGAAAUCUGGAAUCCUUGUUCUCGCCCCAAGUGUCAUGGAGCUUUAAAUGACAGUGUCUCAAUGCCCCAACCUGUUCCAGCGCCGGGCUCUGUGCGGCAGCCGCAAGCGCAAGAGGACAUAUUGGGACGAAUCCGGCUACCGCAACCCACGUUGAUCCACAAUCAACCAGUUAUUACUCGUUCAAUUCUAGAGGAAAUUCUCAGGGACCCACUGCAGCUCAAAGAUGGCAGUUCUGAUCACCAGCCCUGGUUCAAUUCUUGCAAUAAUGCAGCAAGGUCAGCUACCCGCGCACCGAUGCCGUUCCUCCAGGUCAAAUCAUUACCAUCUCGACAGAAUCAAUCCUACCAGAUCCGGGGAUCGAUUCCAUGGCCGCAUGGUGAGCGAUCCCAAGAUAUCUCAUGUCAAAUCCAAUCUGUCGUGCAACAUAAGGAUUUCGAAUAUGGGCUAGCGGAGCCAAGUGCCCCAACGCAGGCAAAAGAGCCUAAACCACUUCAUCGAUAUCGUGAUCCCCGGAGAUACCGUGGAUGGUCAGCACGUAUGCAGAUGGGGCCAAAAGAGCCAGUCUUUGACAAUAUAGGGGAUUCAUCUGGGCCUCCCGGGACGCCAAGGACAGAAUUGCUGGUCAGCUACGCUUCGGAUCGCAGCUCUUCUCUUCGCGGUCACCCCAAGAAGCAGCGAAAUAGCACCGAAGGGCGCCUGCGUAUAUCGGAAGAUAGAACAUCGUUCACUUCCAGACUCCUCAUUGGAGAUCAAGUUUUGUUCUCGAAUGAACGGCGGACAUAUACCAAAACCAUCCAAUGGAAUUCGGCCCCAGCAAGAAGUCAUUUCCGAGGAAAAGGGACUAAUCCGAAAGGGAGACCAGCAUUGUGUGGUGAAUGGCGCUUUAUGUGUGACCCAAGACAUCCUGCCCCCUCCCGUCGUCAAGGGAAAAGCCCGGAAAUAGAUGUCACUCGAUGCUCUACAGAUCAAAUACAUCUCAAAACAGGAAGCGCCGUCGAUGAGUUGAGUGAUUGGGAGAUCAGGAUGAUGGAGAGGCUGGAUCGAAAACUGUUAUGGCUCUUUAAUGAAUUCACUCCCGGGAAAAAACCUUACCAUUUUGCCUUGCUAGCCAAUCACUGGCUGAAUAGAGAAACAUGGUAUGUUUACGAUCCCGUAUCCAGAGUUCCCACCGAUGCACGUCGGAUAUGGGGAGACCCACGAUACAACGUCCCUUAUCCUCGGCCGGUUUACAGCCCCAGACCAAAGUACCCAACGUCCAAACGGAAACGCGCGCAGACUCCUCGUAUCGACUCAUGGCGGGCCGCAGUGAACAAGCAGCGGAAGGUAUCUGGCGUACGAGACGCCAUUCGCACUAUUACACUGUAUGAUGAAUCGGCCGAGGAGCCGCCAGAUGGUCAUAUCGAUCCAGGCUGCUGGGUUUUGCCGAAACCGCCUCAGGGCUUUGAGAUGUCCACUGCGCAGAAGAACGCUUGGUAUGAAGGAGGGGCAGGCUGGCAAGAGAAGCUUGAUGAUUGGCAGCAAGUCCACCGGGGAUAUCGAGUCCACAAAGCCACCCACGAAGGCCGAGUCAAUCGGAACAGGGCCAAGGAAAUCGCAGCUCAAGUCAACAAGUGCUGUCGUACUGCGUCCGGAAAAUUGAUCCCAAGCCAUGAUCUUGGGAAAACAAGAGCUCCAAACUUCCUUGUCUCAUGA